AUGCGCCUCACUUCUGGUAUAUGGCUCUCCGCCAUCACCGCCUCAGCCUCCCUAUCCAACAUCGCCUCCCUCCGCUGCAGCUCCAGCGCCAUCCUCCCCACCCCCUCAUACGACCUGGAAGGCGCGCUCUUCACAGUCUGCACAGAAGAAGUCAUCAACGCACCCAUCAGCAAAAUCUACGACGCGCUCCUCGACUUCCGCCGCUACAGCACCUGGAACACUUUUGUCGUCGACGUCGGCCUCCCGCCUGAGGUGACCGGUCCGGGGGACGUGUACGUCGGCCUGUCGAUGAACUUCACCACAGCUGGUAUCAUUCCCGGUGUCAAUACCUCCUCGACCGAAGUCAUCACCUUGCUUGCGCCGGAUGUACGCGGCUGCGACGACGGCGCUACAAGAGCCGUCAACGCGUGGAGAAAUGACGAUGGCCUCGGCGGUGCGUUUCUGCCGGCGGAGCAUCCGAAUCUGUUGACUGAUUUGGGGAAUGGGUCAGUGAGGAUGGUAUCGUAUGAGACGUAUUACCUCCCCGGGGCGACGACGCUGUUGCCGCUAAAGGGGACUUUGCAAGAGAGAUUUGAGACGCAGGGAAAAGACUUGAAGAGAUUCGUGGAGGGGGGGCUUCGUUAG